AUUUUAACUGCUGUAUGUUUGUUUAGCUUUUUGCAUUUUCAUUUGUUUACAUUUUCAUAUCAGUUUGCAAUUAUGGUUGUUUGUGAAUCUUUGUUAACACAUGGCAAAAGAGGCAGGUCUAGCUGAGGAGGCGAAGCAGAUAGCCUUCCGUCGCCUUGACUGAAGAGAGAUUUUGAUAUCCCUCAGCAACAGCCCUAGGCAAGAAAACAGUACCAGCACUUCCCCUGACCAUAUAUGGAAAGCGCCGGGAAUGAAGGAGAAAACAUCUCAGAAAAUUGAAAGAUUUGUCUGUUAUCAGGCAAACUAAAUCAGCGUGUAUUGCAGCACUUACUCGUUUCGUUUCGGACUUUUGACGUUUCGUGAGCACACAUCGUCAUUACCCUUUAUUGCUGCAGACAGAAUGAAACUCUAAAAAUCGGCAAAAACACAGGCGCGUCAUACACGGUGAAUGAGAAGUCCACAGAUAGCCAAUGAACAUGUCGACGCUGCUGGAACUCAAGAGCAGUGUGAUGCGGCAGGUGCAGAGAAGCCAGUCACUGCGGGGGAGGAGAGAGCCAGCAGCCCAGCCCAGCAGCCCCCUGGCCGCGCCUCUCCCAGACGUCCCAGUACACGGGGUUGCUGAAGGCAAUGGAGAAUUUUUUGAGCGCAUGAAGAACAUUAUCCAGAAGCAAGAGAACAUGCAGCGUGCCUGUCAGACCUGGGGCAAAGGAGAGAGUGGAACACCUCCCCCUGCAGAGACUGUGCAGCCAGCCUGUGUUCCGGAUCGAGCAAACAGGAGGGAGCUGGACCUUUUAUAUGAAGAAGUUGCGUACACUGUUGUGAACAGGGUCGGUAUGCCCUCUCCAGACCAUGUUACCAACGAAGAAGAGAUUUUCAGCUAUCUGCAGCGGGCGUUUGAUAUGGGAGCAGAGGAGCACGAUAUCAUUCUACAGAGGGUCAGAGAAGCCAAGAGGGCAAAUUUCGCCUUACGGUUGUCUGUUAUGAAAGGAAAAAAUCUGCUUGCUAAAGAUGCUAACGGUUACAGUGACCCCUACUGCAUGCUGGGGAUUCUGUUGGGCCAGAGCCCCAGGGAAACUGAGGAGAGGAAGGAGAGGAAAUUCAGCUUCCGUAAGAAGAAGGAGAAGGUGGAGAAACGACCCAGUGUCCGGGAAGUGCUGGCAGCCCGGAGCAUCCAGGUCACAGAGGUCAAACCAGAAACCCUCAACCCCGUUUGGAAUGAACAUUUUGUCUUUGAAAUUGAUGACAUUUACAGUGACAUGCUGCAUCUCGAUAUAUGGGAUCACGAUGACGAUGUGUCUGUAGCCGAGGCCUGCAGAAAACUCAAUGAAGUCAGCGGACUCAAGGGCAUGGGAAGAUAUUUCAAGCAGAUCGCCAAGUCCGUCCGAGCCAACGGCGCCGCAGGAUCUGCAUCGGAGGAAAACGCAGACGACUUCCUGGGAUGCCUGAACAUCCCCAUUAGCGACAUUCCGGUGGAGGGCUUUGAUAGGUGGUUUAAGCUGGAGCCCCGGUCCAGCUCCUCCAAGGUGCAGGGAGAAUGUCAUUUGAUCCUGAAGCUCUUCGCCAGCCAGAGAGAUACCACUUUGAGUACGACGGAGUCUACCCUGGCUAUCCAUGAGAAGAUCUUGAGUCAAAUUUUGGAAUAUGAACACACUAAAGUUCAGCCGGAACCCUAUACAUGGACAGGGCAGAUAUGUAAAACAGCGUGGACCGUGCUGUCUCACCAUGCCAUGCACACUGGGCUGACACGUCUGCAGCAAGCCAUCAUACGAUGGCUUUGUUACAGCAGACACCACCGCUCUCAGAGCAUGUGUUACGCCGCCCUCCUGGAGCUCCUGAAGGACAUCGAGAAGGCGUGGGAUGCCCCAGUCUUAGAGAGGCAACUGGAGAGGAUCCUGGCAGAGAGUUUCCGGCUGCACACAGAUUACUGUCUGUCCCUGUUAAAGCGUCUGCGGAAGCUUUUCCCCGUCUGCAGUGCCGUGGCCGUUUCUCGCUGCGACCUCAUGCUGAGGGGUUUGGGCUACCUGCUAAACAUGGAGGCGUAUAAGGCUGUGUGUCCCGACCGGAAUGAGAUCCCUUUGGAAAUCACCACUGUGAUCAAGAAGAGUACGGCUGAAUGGUACGAAGGGACCAUUUCACACUUUAAACCAGAUGAAGGGACGCUGGAGCAGCAGUUGGGACGCCUGGUCCUGGUAGUCGAUGCUGUCUGCGCCGACGUGCAGAAAGGACAUGUCGUCUAUGACAAGAUCUUCUCCAGUUCGGUGAAAGUGGAUUUUUUCAGCACCUCCUAUCGUCAGCUGGAAAAGCUGGUGGCAGAUGAUGUGAGUGUGCUCAUGGAGAAGGUGUGUGGAACUCUUGAACAAGAAGGCUCUCGGCUCUCGCAGACCAUGGGUGAAACACUCUUCGAGCUCUACAUAUCUCUGAAAACACUCAGGCUCUGCAGGGAAUUUCUUCCCCCUAAGGAAACUCGAAUGCUGGCCCUGACUGAUUCUCAUAAUUGGUUCAAGACCUCCAUUCACAAGUGGCUGCAAAUCGUUCACGAAAAGUCAUGUGACAGGAUCCGUAGAGCGGUGGAGCUAGAGAAUCUGGAGGCCGUCCACAGCCUGCAGAAGCACAGCAGCUCCGCUGUGGACAUCACUGCCUGCUUCAGCCAGGUCUGUGACUUCUGGGCACAGCUGGCCUGGCCUGACUCUGCGGGGGCCUUCAUCUUAGUGACCCGUCUGACAGAUGAUUUCUGCAGCGCGGCUGUGUGGUACUCUGAGCUGAUCCGGCGUAAGAUUGAAAGGAAUCAACCAGGACAGGAAUACAAGAAUUUUAUCCUCCAGGUCUGCGUCGCCCUGAAUAACAUUGAGCAUUUGUGCUCGUUUCUGGGGAACCUGCCGAAGGACCUGGACUGGAGGGGACUGGAACUGGCCAUGGAGGAGUCUUGUGGGCCUGAGGGGAGGGAGCAAAUGAACAAGGCCCUCAAUGCACAGCUCUACAAUAUCGACCUGGACCUGCAGAGGGAGACCAAACGCAUGAUCACAAACCUCACUGACAAGAUGCUUUCAGAUCUGAAGAAGUACAUCCAGCACAUCACCCUAUCCCCGGAUUCAAUUAGAAAUGAUGAUGCCGUGUCCCCCUUGAUGAAGUACCUGGACGACGUCCUGAUCAUCCUCAGUAAUUCACUUGUGAAAGAAAAUCUGAGCAGAGUGUUGCAGAGUUUGUGGGCUCUGCUUCUCCGGAUGAUUUUUGACACCGUAGCAGAGAACCGUGGAGUGCAGAUGGAGUUCUACGGAAGAUUCCACUACACGGUGGAGGCUCUGGUAGAGUUCUUCCACGCUGAGGGGGAAGGGGUACCUCUGGAGGACCUCCGGAAUUCAGACUUCAAGGCCCUGGAGGAGGAGCUGAGACUAAAUAAGUUCUCAUCUAAUGAGCUGAUUGAGCAGUAUUUCCUGGAGAAGAUCUCCCAGCAGAAAACACUGAAGCACAGUAAGUUUGGGCGGAUUAGUGUCAAGUUUUACUAUGAGCCCUCUGAUCAGCGGCUGACCGUGGAGAUUCUGCAUGCAGCUGACAUUAUCGCCUUGGAUGCCAAUGGACUGAGCGACCCAUUUGUCAUUGUGGAGCUCUGUCCUCAUCAUCUGUUCCCCAACGCCAAGAGUCAACGCACACAAGUGAAGCCCAAGACUCUCCACCCCGUUUUCGAUGAGUUCUUCUACUUUCACGUCAGCCCAGAGCAGUACAGACACAGGUGCGCCUGUGUCACCUUCACUGUGAUGGAUUACGAUUGGCUGUCCACCAACGACUUUGCAGGGGAUGCUGUGGCACCUCUCAGCGACUUCUGCUGGCCGGGCCGGCCCAAUGCCACUGGCGCAGCGAAAACCCUGCCGCCCGCUAUCCUGCACCUGACCCGGCAGAAACCCAGUGAGAAACCCAUUGUCAAAAUGCUAGAGGCAAGAACUGCGGACAAGGAGGCACAAGAAUUUUCAAGAAGAUUCAAAGAAAUUGAAAAGUCCAUGGAGGAGGAGUGAUUAGUCUGCUGCUUGCUUUUCUACUUGUCAAACUGUUUACUAUAUUAAAAAAAUACUAUUUGUCAUAUGUGUAUUUUUAAGUGUUCUUGGGAAAAGUAAUAUACAGAAUCUUUGGUAUUUUCUCUGUAGAUGAAUGCUAUCUAGCAUUGUAUUUUCUUUCUUUUAAUAUAGUAUUUAAUAAUAUGCAUAUUACCUGUGAGGAAAGUGUUCACUGAAAAGUCUUGUAACUGUGUAAUACUGUUCAUAUUUAAUAAUUAGCUGUUUCUGUUUUCCGAGACCAUGGGUGACAAAUGUAGAAGGUGCAAAAAAAUAAUCUGUUCUGGACUCACAGCUUAUGAAUGUUAAAUCUUUAUUACUCAGUUGUACUGGGCAAUGUUGCUUUUUCUCCCGUUUUGUGUUAGCUGUUUAAAAAGUAAAAGUCAUCUUGUACUUGCGGUCUGUUUUUAUAUCAGCAGUGAUGCACAGCAGUCUGUUUCCGUGAUGUUUUUGUUGUUUUGAAUAGUACAAAAACUCUGUGAAAUUUCCCGUAGCCUUAGUUGGCCCUUUUUCUGAAGCGCAUUGCUGGAGACACAAAUCUGCAGUUGUGUGUCUCAUAAGACUUGAAUAAAAAACAUGCACAUACCUUUGAGAUCAUGUUCACAUUUUCAUAUCACAGUUUAUGGAUGUUUUAUUUAAUUGCUGCUAGGUCACAUAUGCUUUGGCUAUUAUACAAUUAUUAUAGAAUUAAAAAUAAACAGAAGGCUGCAGUAACCCAGGAAGCUGUCCCAGCAGAUAUGGGCGACACGAGCCUGAGAUGACAUUCCAUUACACACACACACCCACAGACACACACACACACGCGCACACACACACACACACACUCACAGACACACACACGCACACACACACGCGCACACACCCACAGACACACACACACACACACCAACGCACACAUACACACACACACUCAUGCACACAUGCACAUACACACACACCAGCGCACGCACAUACACGCAAAUACACACACACACGUAUAGGAUUUUAAGCCUGACACUAGAGGUGCGAGGCAAUAGUGUUACUAUGACUAGAUUUAGAGCCAACAUUUAACAGAGCAGGAAUCCAUCGAUCAUUAACAAUUUCUUCUCAUUUACUAAUAUUUAUUUCUCAUUUAUUUUUUUUUCAGGUAGAUCUUACAAUCAUUAGCAAUCCCAUCAUUUUCCUCUUUGUCCUUUUCAUAAGGAUCCCUACACUAUGCUGUACAUCACAGUACAUACACAUCACAGUACAUACAGAUUACAGAACACACACAUCGCAGUACAUACAGAUUAUAGAACAUACACAUUACAGUACAUACACAUCAUAGUACAUACAGAUUACAGAACAUACACAUCAUAGUACAUACAGAUUAUAGAACAUACACAUUACAGUACAUACAUAUCAUAGUACAUACAGAUUAUAGAACAUACACAUCAUAGUACAUACACAUUACAGAACAUACACAUCACAGUACAUGCAAAUCAUAGUACAUACAGAUUACAGAACAUACACCUCAUAGUACAUAAAGAGUACAGAACAUACACAUCACAGUACAUGCACAUCACACAGGAGCUUAUGUUAUGUUACUUGGGAGAACAACCUUCUACACAGCAAGAUCACAGAGGUUGUGCACUUUGCUUUCUUAAAAGCUGUAUCCCGAUGUGCUGGGUUUUCACAAAUUUUAUUCAGGGUGUUACUUUAUAUUAUUGAAAGUAUGUUACAUCACUGAAAUGCAACAGGAACUAUGCUAUUGCAGA